CUGAACUUUGCUUUUGUUUUGUGCAGUGAAGAAUGGCAGAAGUAAUGAAGCAAUGGAAGGAGGAGGAGGAGGAAGCAGAGGUUGAAGAAGUUGGCUUAGUUAGACAACAAGCUCACAUGCUUGUCACCACCAUUGCUACUUCAAGCAUUGAUAUAAAAGCUACUGAGAAAACAAAUGAGUCUUCUGGGCUGAACGGAGGACAAGAAAUCUAUCAAACAGAAGUGAAUUCCGGUGACAUCGAGAAGAACAUAACUUUACAUCCUUCAGAUCCUAUAAUUUCUGUGGAUUCUACUUCUCUCGGCAAUGUGAGAACUGAAAGUGAGAGAGUUGGCAUAAUAACAGACAAUUUGCAGCUAGUGAAGGAACUAUAUUUGGAAAGUCUAUAUCAGAAGACACCAACACAAGGAUUCUAUUGUCCCAAUUGUAAGGCUUGUAUCCAGAAGGUCUUACUUUUGGAUACAGUGGGGGAAAAAACAAGUGUUCCUGCACAACCUCCUCCACCACCAUCGGAAAGAUUCAGAUGCCCAACUUGCUUCAGCUUCCUCAUCUCAAUAGGUAGUUUGCUCUUUCCUUGCUUGGGACCAGGCAAUGACGUACCAAUUAUUCGAGGAAGCAGUAAGACAUGGGAUAUUCUGAAAAGUAUUGUGUAUGGUGGUCUGGUUGAAUCUAUUGCAAGCCUUAGUGUUGUGGCAUCUUCAGCAAGUGCAGAUGCUGCCACAUUGAGCAUUAUAGCUCUGUCUCUUGCAAACCUGAUUGGAGGACUCUUCAUCCUUGUUCAUCAUAUCUGGGACCUGAAAGCCGAGGAACCAAGUACAAAUGAAGUUGUGGAUCGAUACUAUCUUUCCCUGGGGAAGAGGGAAAAUUUCUAUCUUCAUCUGUGCAUAGCCAUAUUAUCAUUCAUCAUAUUUGGGGUAGUGCCACCAUUAGCGUAUGGCUUGACCUUCUACGAGGUCAACAACAAGAAUGUGGCGCUUGCAGCGGUUGCCGGAGCGGCUGUAAUAUGCAUCACUCUUCUGGCCAUCACAAAAACUUACAUCCAGAGGCCAAAUACUUAUCUACCAUAUCUCAAAACAGUGCUUUACUAUCUCAGCACUGGAGCUUUGACCUCUGUAAUUUCUUACUUGGCUGGUGUUCUUAUUAGGGAACUUUUGGAGAAGCUUGGAAUUGGCUCUGAGAGCUCAUCAGGUUUUACCCUGAUGCUACCCGAGAUGAGUGUAAUUGAGAAGCCUAGAUUUGGAUCCUACUGAUAAGCAUUGUGUUUCAUAGAUAGAGAUUAAUUGUAAUCUGGGACAAUGAGCGAGCUUAGGUUUUGAUUAUGGUUUUAAGUCUUUUAGGCUAAGAUUUAUGUUGUGGCAGUUAGAUUAGAUUGUGCCUUUAUUUGCAUUGAGCUAAUUAAGAUUGUUACUCUUUGAUUAUUGAAUUAAAAAUUAAGCCUUGAGAA